AUGGGCUUCACGUUUGCCACUUUCCUACUCCUUCUCAUUUACAAUAUUCUUUCUUCCGCAGAUAUACAUUUACAUCCUCUUUUACAGGUAGUUAUUUUCCACUUUGGCAUUAUCCAUCCCGUUGAAUCGAUCCGUAUUUCCGGAUAUUUCAUUCAAUUAUUCUUAUCGUAUAACGAUAAUAUUAUAAACUGUUCACUCAAAAAUUUUCGAUUAUCUCAAAAUAGGAAAUUUCAUCUUAAGAUCUACUUGUCAUCGUCCAGUGCUAUACGAAUACGCAUCUUACCACGAGCUGUAGCUUAUCUGAAUAAUAUCGGAGCUCAAAUAUUAAAUGAGCAAUUACCACGUUUAUCCAUACCAAAUAUCAAACAACGCAUCAACAAUGGACAAGGAUACGUUUCAGUAUCACGGAUUCGUGUAUCUCGAUAUAAACAAGCAACCGAACAUAUCAUUUCUACAUCAGCACCAAAUAAAAUCACUUGGAUUAUGAGAAAUCUUAAUAUGGGGUUAAUAGGAAGUUUGUCAGGAGAGGUCAAUAUACUGUUACCGAUGAAACUUGAGGGCGAAGCUGAAAUAUUAGCAUAUGGUGUUAAUUUUCAAUUAGAAAGUGCCCUAGAACAAUCAGAAACAGGAGCAGCUCGAGUGUCAACAAUUUUUUGUCGUACGACUAUUCAAUUAAUGAAUAUUGAAAUUUAUAAUGGUGGAUCAAGUAAGGUUUCAAGAAAGCAAUAA